AUGCCCUGGCGGCCGCUGCCUCGAAUCGCCUUUGCUGUCGCUAUAUACCCCUUUCAGCCUUCCUCCCCGGCCGACCUACCAUUGGAACUUGGCGAUGAGUUGUACAUAAUUGAACAGGGUGGAGUGGACGGCGAAUGGUGCCGAGGAUACCUCGUUGCUCCGCCGUCAUUGUUGGCGGGAUUGACAAGCACCAAAGGCCAGACUCUCGAAGCUCGCGUAUUCUCUGGUAUCUUCCCGCGGAACUGCGUCGAGAUUCGGGAAGUGCUCGGUGACGGCGAUGGGCAGAAAGCGAUGCUCAAUGGUGAUCGAAAGAGCAUCGACCAAUUGACCUUGGCUGGGCUUGAAGGAGACUUCAUGUCCCGGAACAGUCUGGUUUACUCUGAGUCGUACAUGGGUACCGAGGUAUCGGAUGCCGUGUUUGCGAAAAAGGGGAAACCCUCCCACAUUGUCAUUCACAAGACCGACGAGCGAGACUUAUCCAGUCCGCGGUCUGUACAAACAUGGCGCUCUGGUUCCAUCCCGCAUACCCCCGUAUCCUUUUCUCCACGAGACCCGGACGCACCCAAGCCAGCUGCUCCAGUUCCGAUGUUAAAAAUCGGCGACGAGACCCCAACUUCCCUCACAGAGCCGUUGGUUGAUGAGAUCGCGUCAUGUUUACGCGAAUGGCAUUCGACGAAUUUGCAUGAACUCCUUCUGGCCCGGCAGUAUCAUGUGUUGGAGGAAAUGUCCACCAUUGUACAGGAGCUAGAUUUCGCGAGGCGCCAAUUACUACACAACGUUUUAACCUGCCAGGAGAAGGAAGCUUUACGGGAUGAGACUGUCUGGAAACUGGUCAAAGCCAACAAAAUGCUCAGCGGAGAUGUUAUUGUGCGGGAUCCCGAGCAGCGAGGCCGCUUGCUAACAGGCGAGGACUCUGCCAUUCAACUUGCGAAGCUGCAGUCAGAGAUGAGCAUGCUGGACUCCCGUCCUACCUCAACUUCCGAUGCCACAGCGCUUCACCAUUUACUACUGGAUAUUAAUGCGGUAUCAGGCAAUGCCCCGGGGCCUGUGACUGUGGGAAUCCAGCUUUUUUCGCGUACAGACUCUGGUGUAUUGAGCCCCUUGUCUGAGAUCUUUAGUCUAGAGAUUCCGUCUCCCGACAAGUUUAUCAACAUGAGUCAAAGCUGUAAACUGAAGACUCUUUUCACCGACUUGGCCGCCACAGAUAUCGGAGACGGAUCUGCCAAUGGGCGCCAACUCUAUCUAGUUGUUACAGUCCGUGCUCCAGAGACACGGUCCACAGCUGACACACUCCCUGUAUCAAGAUCCUCGAUUUCACGCGAAACCCCGGCCCCAACCAAGGCCGCAGGAGCCAGUGGCAUUCAGCCAUCAGUCAAGGGCAGCCUGAAAACCCGGCGCAGCAUGAUGUGGACACCAAAGACUCGCGGACCAAGCCUAGAUCAGUCAAGUCCCGCUAGUCAAGGACUUCCCAGACAAUCAAGCAGCUCGUCCAACAUUAAAGAGCAACCUACUGCUCAGACUACCCUAUCAAAGGAGAUCUUGGCGAUCCGCACCGUUGGCAUUGGGAUCUUGGAGAUCUCGCCGAUCCUUCGGCAAGAUCGAGAUGCGGAGCAGGUGAUCAACAUUUGGUCUCCGCGUCAAAAUGGUGAAGACGGCGAGGGAUUGACAGAAGGGUUUGACAAGUUGAUUCGAACACUGCUUCCCAGCCCCACCGGCCGGUAUGUGCGUUGCGAUCCUGCUGCGCGUCUGCAUCUUCAUCUGCAUCCUUUCAUCAGCAGUGACCCCGAUGCUCUGAUCCGUCAGAACCCUACGAUUCUGCAUGAUGUUGUGCAGACACAGCGUAUUGGGUUCUCUAAGGCUCCUACACGGCCGCGGUCCGACAUCUACGUCACUCUCUCACAGGCUGUAUUCCCCACAGAUGCACUCCUGUCCCAUCCGCAGGCUGGUCAAAUUCCUCUUCAGGCGGCAACAGGUCUCCAUAACCUUCAACUGACCCUUGAGGUCCGUGAUACCAAGGGAGCACGCAUCGACAAAUGCGUGUACCCUUCGUCUGCCAAUACCUGUAAUACGGCAUGGCGCACCACAAUCGCCCAGAGAGGCACUCCCUGGAACCAGACCAUCCGUCUUAAGAUUCCCACAGAGCAGAUUCCAGGCUCUCAUAUCGUAAUGAGUGUUGCCGAUGCACCCGAGUUCCCUUUUGCUCUUGCUUGGAUGCCCCUUUGGGACCAGCAGGCUUUCAUCAGGGACGGUCGUCAUUCUCUCCUAUUGCAUGCCUAUGAUAAGCAAACUUCCAGCAUCGAGAAUGGAAAGGGUGCUUAUCUGAAUCUCCCUUGGAGUGCGCUCGGCAAGAAUGAAUCUGCUAAGGAUGAAGAUGUGACCGGUCCAUUGGCCACCCUUCACCUUGAGACUCACCUGUGCAGCACCGAGUACUCACAGGACCAAGUAAUCCUGAGUCUACUGAACUGGCGUGAACGCCCUGUGGACGAGGUCUUAGAUACACUCAAGCGAUUGCUAUUUGUUCCCGAGAUCGAAAUCGUGAAGCAGCUCAGCGGUGUCUUUGACGCGUUGUUCGGAAUCCUGGUGGAGAAUGCCGGAAACGAGGAGUACGAGAAUUUGAUUUUCAACAACGUGGUCACUGUCCUGGGUAUUGUUCACGAUCGACGAUUCAACCUCGGUCCGCUGGUCGACCACUACGCCGAUAACCAAUUCAACUUCCCAUUCGCUACCCCAUGCCUCAUCCGAAGCUACCUGCGCCUUCUAAAUGUAGGCACCGACGGCCAGCAGUCUCGCAAUCUUCGCGCUGCAUUCAAGGUCGGACGCCAUAUCCUGAAGUUUAUUAUCAAGGCUCGUGAGCAGCAAAAGGCUAAGGAAGAAGGCAUCGGUAUCACCACAGUGCAGUCUACCUUCAACCGAGACAUGCACACAAUCUUCAAGUCUCUUGAAACCUUGAUGAAGAAUUCCUCGCCGGCAUUGGUGGGCAGCAAGACACUGGUGGUCCAGCACUUUCACACCUGGCUGCCCGAGUUGUCCAAGGUCCUGGGCAAGGAUGAAAUGAUUAUGAUGGCUUUGAGUUUCAUGGAUUCGUGCAAGGAUGUAACGGGCAUGUUGAUUCUCUACAAGCUGGUUCUGAUCCAGAAUUACACCCAGUUCGAGCUUUUCGCCUCGGGUGCGGAGAGACAGACUUUGAUCUCCAGCUGUAUUGGCUGGUUAGCUCCGUACUGGGGUGCUACUGCGACUGUCUCGGACCUGUAUCGUGAUCAGGUUCGAUUGAGCAGUUCGAUUGUUGCUCAAUUGCUCAGUCAACCGGAGCCUCAGCUCUACGGUUUCAUGCCCAGUAUAGUUGCCUCGUACUGUGCUAUCUCAGCUGAAGGAGUUGAUGAGACAGAAUACCUGUCCUUGCUUUUCAGCAAGGCAUUCCCAUUCCAGAUGAAGACAGCCAAGACUCCUCAAAGCUUUGACGAAUCUUUGGUGGAGUUGUCUGCCCUCAUGGCUGCUAUUGCCAAGAUCGUGUCUCCCAAACUUCCCGCCUUGAAAGAUCUAGAGCUUGCAACAUUCGUGGCGCAGACUUUCGAGGCUCACAACUCUAUCCUCGAUUGCGAGGCGUACCCCGAGACCUGGUUCAGUAUUCAUGUGUACAACCACCGUGCGACCAUCAAAAGUCUUGAACAUAUUGCUGUUUUGCUAAUUGAGAGACUCCUCCCGGCACCUGAUGAUGCCGAUACAUUCGACACCAAGGUGUGGGAGUCAUUUUUCACAACAUUGCUGAAAGUGAUCUCCAGUGAUGUUCUUGCUCUGGAGACAUUCCCCGAGCAGAAGCGACGGGCUGUUUGGAAAAUUGCUGGUGAUGUGCGCGAGCAAGGCGCUGAUCUCCUACAAUCUACCUGGGAAGCCAUUGGCUGGGAGACCACAGACGAUGAGAGAGAACGCUUCAACCUGAAGCGUCUCGGUGGAUACCAGGUGCAGUAUGUUCCUGGCCUGGUUCCGCCUAUCAUUGGUCUGUGUCUCAGUGUUCACGAGGGCCUGCGACAUGUUGCUGUUCAGAUUCUCCAGACUAUGAUUCUCAGCGAAUGGGAUCUAAACCAGGAUAUCUCAAUCAUUGAAACUGAGAUCAUCUCGAGUCUGGAUACCUUGUUCAAAUCCAAGCACAUGAAUGAAAGCGUUAGUCAGAAGAUCUUCAUUGGCGAGCUGCUAGAUCUCUUCGAGAAUGAGACCAUCGCCGAUGAACUGCUGUCGAAUGCUGUCAAGAGUCUUGUUGGGACUGUCGACGAACUUCUAGAUCUUUUGGUUGCUUCUCAGAGCGGCGCUUCAACUCAGAGUCUCCACGCUCUGAAGUUGAUGGAGUACAUGAAGGACAUGGGUCGUGAGGAUAUCUUCAUUCGCUACGUCCACGAAUUAGCCGAAGCGCAAGCCGCCGCAGGCAACUUCACCGAAGCUGGUCUAGCUCUUCAAUUCCACGCAGAUCUCUACGAAUGGGACCUCAACAAGGCCCUGCCAGAACUCCUCACUCCUGAGUUCCCAGCUCAAAGCGCCUUCGAUCGCAGAGAAGCACUGUACUUCUCCGUAAUCCAGCACUUCGAGAACGCCAUGGCCUGGGCCCCCGCUCUGGCAUGCUACAAGGAACUGGCCGCCCACUACGAGCACACAACAAUGGACUUUGCCAAAUUGUCCCGAGCCCAGAGCUCCAUGGCUCGGAUCUACGACUUCAUCGCCAAAGGCGGCAAGCAAUUCCCACGGUACUUCCGUGUGGCCUACAAGGGUCUCGGAUUCCCUCCCAGCCUGCGCGAUAAGGAGUUCAUCUUUGAGGGCUCACCAACAGAACGCAUGGCCUCGUUCGUGGACCGCAUGCAGCGCGAACACCCUACUGCGCAGAUUACAUCUGCUAGCGAAAUCCCUGAUUACGAAGGCCAGUUCUUGCAGAUCAGUGCUGUCAGCGCUUACCGUGACGUGACACACCCUGUCUACCAACGGCCCAAGGUGCCGCACUCUGUGCGUGAACACUUGCUCGUCUCGGAUCCUUCUAGAUUCUCGGCUACGUUGCGCCGACACACGAGUAGCUCGGAUGUUCGCGAGCAGUACGUUGAGAAGUUCAUCUUUACUGUUUCCGAUCCUUUCCCCAAUAUUCUUCGGCGCAGUGAGAUUAUCGCUUCGGAGGAGGUUGCUCUGUCUCCCUUGCAGACUGCUAUCGAGCGGACAUGGCGGAAGACACAGGAGCUACAGCUUCUCGAGCGUCGGGCUGCUUCUGGUGAGGACUCUUCGUUGUCUAAUCUGACCGAGGCUCUUGAGCAAUUGCUGGAGAAUCGGUCGUCUACUUCGAACUGUGUGGCCUUGUAUCGCCAGUUCCUUUCUGAUGCUGAAAUGGCGAGGGAGAGACUUCUGGAGGAAGUGGAUGAAGAUGCUUCGGUUGCAGAGGUAGUGCCGGAUGCUGCAGACCCCAUGGAGAAUGCUCUCGUUGUAGCACUUGUUGACCACGCUCUGGCAAUUAAACAUGCUCUGUCUCUCUACCAGCGUCCUGCCCAUCAAGCUACUCAAGCUGAACUCCUCCGUCGCUUUGAGGAUGUUUUUGAGCCUGAGCUGGCUUCUUUCACCACUGCUCCGGUAGACUACUCCUCGCCUACGCCGACUCAGACAGCCCGCCAAUCCUCCAACUCAAGCGAGAUCCGCCGAAACCAAUCUGCCCAGCGAGCCGCUAGUCCAGAGCAGGACCUGCGCGCAUCCCGUGGCAAGGCCCACACGCGCAAACGUUCCGAGCGACAGUCCGUCAGUCACCGGAUCAGCAUCAUCAAUCCCUUCAAGCGAUCCCACGGAGCCUCCAACUCGAUCUUCACAAUCCAGCAAUCCGACAGCAAGGGCCAGAUAGUCGACCAAGAAGAACCUGAAGACGACACGGCCACAAUCCACAGCCGAACAACCAGCCACUCCCGCGGCGGCCGCAGCGAAAAACGACGCAGUUUCUUCGGCGGAGACAGGACACACAAGCACGGCUCCACCCCAUCGGUCGGUGGCGCAGGCCAUGACUCCCAAACCUCCCUCAAAAACAAACCGUCGCGUAAUCCCUCCCGAGACACAACCGGUCAAUCCCACGAUGGCCGCAGCCGCGCCGACUCCCAACACCGCGGCCCAACAGCCAGCGGUGCAGCCGGCCCGGACCGCCCAGCGCCUGCUUCCAGUGGUGGUUGGUCCACCCUCCCGCCCACGCGUGAUUACUCCAGGCCCGCGACCCGGGACAGUAACGUGAACUCUGUCACGCUGACGACGACGAAUGGCACGGCGCCUUUGUCUCCCGUCAGCAAUGGCAGUGCCAACGGGAAUCACACUGGCAUGCGAGACUCUGUCUUCCGGCGGUUCAGCAUGCUCAAGGGGAAGGGAGUUGGUCGCAAGAAUAGCCGGAUGGAUUUCAAAGCUAAUGGCCCGCUGCAGGAGGACUUCGGACCCGGCCGCAGAAUGUCAUCAGGAAGUACCGGCAACGGCAACAUAAACGGCCUCCGCAAUCCCAGCGAGCAAGACGCACUACUGGGCUCGCAUCGUGCAUCCUCCUUCUCGGGUCUUGCACCACACGCGCAGACCGAGCAUGGACAUCAUCACCACCAUCCGAAGGAUAAUCGCAUGUGGGUGGCGUGGCCUAUGCACGUUGUACAUUUGACAUGGAAGACUCUUGUGCGCGAUUAUGUCAAUCUGCUCCUUGUCAUGGUGCCGCUGGGUAUUGUGGCUGGUGCUCUUGGCUGGGAUUCGACGGCUGUCUUUACCUUGAAUUUCUUUGCUAUUAUUCCGCUUGCUUCGCUGCUUAGUUUUGCUACGGAGGAAUUGGCUGCUACUAUGGGGCAGGCGCUUGGUGGGUUGAUGAAUGCUACUUUUGGUAAUGCUGUUGAGUUGAUUGUCAGCAUCAUCGCUCUGAAGGAUAAUCAGGUCCGUGUCGUGCAAGCCAGCAUGCUCGGCAGCAUCCUCUCGAACAUCCUCCUCGUGCUUGGCUGCUGCUUCUUCGUCGGUGGCCUGCGCUACCGCGAACAAACCUUCAACAGCACCGUUGCUUCAACCAUGUCCUCCCUCAUGGCCGUGGCAUCCGCCUCGCUCAUCAUCCCGGCUACCCUCUAUGCGGCUAUUUCCAACGGCACAACCACUAAGCCCGGUGAGAACGCCCUCAACCCGGACGACAGUGCGCAGAAGAAUAUCCUCAUUCUCUCGCACGGUACCUCCAUCAUCCUCCUCCUGAUCUACGUCAUGUAUCUCUACUUCCAGCUGCGCUCGCACUCCGACCUCUUCGAAGAGACGAACGGUAGCGAUGCCGAGAACGGUGCCCCCGAAGAAGAAGAGGAAGAAGAGCGUAUCCUCAACCCCUGGGCUGCGACUGUUGCUCUCGUCGUCGUCACCGUCCUCGUUGCCAUCUGCGCCGAUUACCUCGUCGGCAGUAUCGACAGCAUGGUCCAGAAGACAGGCAUGAGCAAGACAUUCAUUGGGUUGGUCCUUAUCCCCAUCGUCGGUAAUGCCGCCGAGCACGUCACCGCCGUUGUCGUCGCAUACAAGGAUAAGAUGGAUCUGGCGAUUGGCGUGGCAAUCGGUAGCAGUUUGCAGAUUGCCCUGUUCGUUACUCCUUUCCUCGUUAUCUUGGGCUGGAUCAUGGGUAUCGAGAUGACAUUGCAUUUCCAGACCUUUGAGACGGUUGCUUUCUUUAUCUCUGGGCUAGUUGUUACGCUUCUUAUUCAGGAUGGAAAGUCCAAUUAUCUUGAGGGUGGUAUGUGUCUUGGCAUGUACAUCAUUCUUGCGUUGGCUUUCUAUGUCUACCCUGAUAAUGUUGCUACCUAA